AUGCCUCGCAUGUCAACUGAUACCGGUUCUCGGCGGAAAUCCUGUGUCGGGUGCGCCCAAGGUAAACGACGGUGCAAUCGCCAAACUCCGCAGUGUGCCCGAUGCUUGGCACGUGGACUGGAAUGCACCUACGUCAAUAAUCAUGCCAUAUCCACUCGAAAGCGCCAACAGCAAACCACAGCACAGUCUCCAUACUUCCCAACGAUAGAGUCAUCGUCGCAAUCUAUAGAUGAUCUUCUGUCUUCUUUGCCCCCCGACGAGCUCACUCUCUUGGGUGAUGCAGACUUUCUCGCCUCGUGGCUACCUCCUAGUCCUACUCUCUUCGCCGUCCCUACAUUACUUCCCGCUGGUGACUUUCCAGAGGUCGUUGUGAUAGACAGAUGGUCUACAAAGCAGCUCCUGCGAGGUCUGAAAAGUUACCCGGAAAUGUUUGUUCGGUCUCGCAACACUCCCUUCAUUCAUCAUCGCCUUUACGGCGUGUCUCUUCCAGACGCGAUGCAAGAUGCGUUCAUGGUGUCGGCUUCCUACUAUAGUAGAACACCAGAGACAGAAGACACAGUUCUUCAGAUCCUCGAAACCAAAUCGGCAAAUCUAGCCCGAAGUUACCACACCACACAGGAAGAACUCCUCGCCGCGGUCCAAGCCUUGAUGCUCCUCCACAUCAUUCAGCUGUUCGACGGCGACGUCCGACAACGUGUCCUGGCAGAGCAGAACAUGAAUACUUUGCGCGCGUGGACUAUGCAGCUUCAAGUUCGUGCCGGUGAACUCGGACCGAUGCCAACAUGGCAGGAAUGGAUUUUCACAGAAAGCGUUCGGCGAACGGUCAUCAUUUCCGUGCUGAUCGAGGGACUUUAUUCGAUGUUAAAGACGGGAAGUUGUAGGAUUGUGAGGCAGUUGAGUGUCAUGCCCUUCACGUCCGGUACUUCGUUCUGGAACAUCAGUAGCGAUGCGUCGUGGAUUGCGGAGUCGUAUCGUUUGGGUUCGGAUACCGUGCUUUACGGGGAUUUUUCGAGGGCUUUUGAGAUAGGGCGGAUGUCCCGGAAACUGGAUGCUUUUGAGAAAUUACUGCUUGCGCCUUGUAUAGGCGAGCGAGACAGAGAAAUACUUGAGCUAGAAGAUUCAUGA